AUGCACCGAAAUAUGCCCGUAGAUUUGGUGCUGGUCCGCCACGGCCAGUCGGAGGGCAACUUGGCGCAGCGGCUGUGCAGGCAGCUGCAGCAGCAGCAGCAGCAGCAGCAGCAGCAGCUGCAGCAGCAGCAGCAGCAGCAGCAGCAGGGGUGUGAGCCUUCGGGGUCGUCUCCGAGCGGGUCUGCGGGGGCCGCGGGCGCGCCGCCGAGCGCGGGAACAGCAGCAGCAGCAGCAGGAACAGCAGCAGCAGCAGCAGCAGCAGCAGCAGCAGCAGCAGCAGCAGUUUGGUCUGGAGAAUUCAGAUCUCGCCACAACUCUCUCUAUAGACUCACUGACAGAGGAAGAAGACAAGCAGCAAUUGCUGGCGCUUGGAUCCGCAGCAACGUCGGCAGCGUCUUCGACAAAUACUACACUUCGGAGUAUGUGCGGUGA